AUGGCGGAACUGUUUUGUUGCUUGGCAAUAAAGCCCUAUCGCCCCCAGCGACUUGAUCAUGAAGCGAAAUUUGACCGUUUCAUGCAAUGGGCCAAACAUGCUUCUUCCGUCCCCAGUGACAGCUUUCACAUCAAUAGCAACUUGGAAUACGCCGUACAGCUCGUGAAACAAGUCAAUUUUGGGCCGCAAGAGUCGAUCAGAUACUUUGCUCCAGCAAACAGCGACUCUGGAUUCAUAGAAAUCACUGAGAACAAUCUUCUCGAAGCCAACUUUGAAAAGCUAAACUCGUUCAAAAACUUCAAAUGCGGCUCACACAACAAGUUCUUCGAAGUCAACUUGUAUCAGAAGAAUCCCAUCAACAGACACCAUUGGCGAGCGAAUCUUGCACGACCUUCCACAGAUAUUGACCUAUCAUUGAAGCAAAAAGCAGAAGAGAAGAGUUCAGAUAUUAGAGCCGAAUCCAGUACAUCCCCUCCCGGCCCAACGUCUGGUGAGUCGGGCUCAACCUCUCCCAAAGCAGAACUGCAGGCUGAGGAGAAUACCAACAAAAUUGAGAGUACAGCCGUGAAGUCAGCCCUCCGUAUCUUGCUUCCAACGGUCAAGACAAACCUUGGCCCCAAACCUCUAGCGUCUCUACUUUGUCUCGAUUGGGUCAAUGAACAACUCGGUCUUGGUCUCAACCUUGAGAAAGAUUGGCAAACUCAACUAACUUCACGCAACAUUGCAACAUUCAUCUUCGACUACUCCCGUCUGUCUAGCGUAGGGUCGGUUACCUUGGCAGAAAUCGAGAAUUUGGUGGCCCUAGCGAUGCACCGUAACUCUUCAUCCGAAAAUUGUCAACUUCAGUCAGGUCGAAAGCAGUUUCAAGAGAUUGUCGACCAAGUCCUGGAAGCUAGGGCGACGUCGAGUUGGGUUUUCAAAAGCCGAGAGGCUAUGAUGCGCACGUUCACGACCGGGCCAAACGAAGAGCUUCUCAAGCUAUUCCAACACAAUGAUGAAGAAGAGCAAAUGUCAUCGCUGACUGACAAGUUCAGGCUCAAUGUAGACGAUGAGAACGGUGACGAUGAUUCUCAAUACGAUGAUGAUACGAAUCGCUAUGAAGAAUACUAUGACGAUGACGUUGGCUCUUAUUCUUCUGAUUUCGAGGAUAAGGAUCUCACAGCUUGCGACAAGGAGUGCGGUUAUUGUGGAAGAUGCCCUUACUAA